AUGGGUUCGCUUCAGCUGGUAAACGCUUUUCUCCUGGUGGCUCUGAUUAAAUCGGGUCUUGGCCAGCUGCCUCAGAACGACUGCUUUCCGCGUUUCAAGUACAAUUUCUUCCAAGGGCAGUUCAUCGGUCUUGUGGAAGUGCGGCAUCCAGCAUCCAGCAACCAUACCCUGAUCCUUCAGUUCUCCCAGCGCGGAUAUCACGAAUUUACGGACUAUGUAGGCACUAUUUCUCUGGUUGAUGAUGAUGAGACUACGCAGAAUAAUCUACGUCAGGGGUUGCCCGUACGAUACCGCGUGGAUUUCCCGAUUCCCACUGUGCCGCCCAAGAUCACAAGUAUGCGAUUAAAUGACUUAGAGCUUUGCGGUGGCUCAGAAUAUGGCAAGCCAAGAACAGGCAUUACUCUGCGAAUCACUUGGAGCACACCCUACGUUUCGGUUUAUGGAGUCAAUCCUCAACCAGUGCCAUCACGUCCCAAUCAGAAUUGGGGACAGGAGGAAGGCCCUAGGGUAUCAGGGCCCAGUCCACCAAGGGUCACGAAUGAUGAAGACAGUUAUGGAGGGAAUAAUGGCUCGCUGCCAACGAUUUCGACACCUGGUCGAGGAACUGUACCCCAGCAGACAUUUCCGAAUCCUGUUAGAACUAAUACCCAACAGCAGCCGGUCGCAAAUCCCGGUCGCAGUUCUGUCCCCCAGCAGACAACCAGAAGACCCGAAGAUCUCGCUCCGCAGCAGAGGGGUUCUUCCAGUGGGAUUCCUUGCGGAGUCGAGAGGACCAGCACCACUCCUCUGAUAUUCCAGGGAAAAAACCUGGAGCGCGGCCAGCUGCCAUGGUUGGUGGCAAUCUUCGAGCGAAGGGACAGCAAUGGACCCGCCUUUAUCUGUGGCGGCUCCCUGAUCUCGACUUCCACGGUCCUGUCUGCGGCCCAUUGCUUUCGACAUCCUGGUCGGGAUUUGACCGCGGAUCGCACGGCCGUCUCCCUGGGAAGAAACAGUCUGGCCAUUCACUCCCAGGGAGAAAUUCGCGGAGUGACCGAGUUAAUCAUUCAUGAAAAGUAUAAUAUUAAGCAGUCCCCGGAGUCCGAUUUGGUAUUGGUUAGAUUGGACGAACCGGUGAGAUAUAACGACUACAUAGUACCCAUUUGCCUGUGGAGCACCAGAAACCGCAUGGACCUGCAGCAAGGACUCAAGACGUAUGUAGCAGGCUGGGGACCCGAUGAGUCCGGCACCGGCAACUCGGAAGUGUCCAAGAUCACCGACCUGAACAUCUUAAGUGAGACCAGCUGCGCCCAGGAGCUGCCCCCUUCGCUGCACCAGCCAAACACCCUGUGCGCCAAGAAGAUAGGAAGGGGACCCUGUGCGAGCGAUGGAGGAGGACCCCUGAUGCUGCGGGAAAACGACGUGUGGGUACUGCGGGGAGUGAUUUCUACGGGGUUGAUCGACGAAGAAAGGCACACCUGCGAUCUGUCCCAACCGUCCGUAUUCACCGACGUGGCCAAGCACAUCGACUGGGUACGAAGGAACAUGUGGGACUAAAGGGAAUUUGGAUCUUUCCUGGCUUUGUAGAUCCUCAUGAACAGAUGCAUUUAUACAACGUAACUGGAAGAUCCAAGUGCUAAUUUACUGUCUCUGAACUGGCUACUACUGGAUUAUUUAUCAUUGAAUGAAAUUAAUUAAUGACAAAUAUCUCUUAUACACAGCAAAAUAUUUUUGAUAAUUAUUUGGAUGCAAUAUGUAUGUAAAUUUUACAAAUUUUCGAAAAUUUGAAUUAAUUUGUAAAUUAAACAUAAAAUAACUAUUAAUAGUGGUGAAAAAUAAAGGAAUUUUUGUUGAACAUCCUUA